AUGUCCACCCAGACACAGCCCUCCAUCGUGGGCCAAAACGGCACAACGGGCUCUCCAGAUGUCCACCACGAUGCUAAUGGCUCCAACAACUCUCGAAGAAGAACGGUCAGAGAUUACCAAUUCGGUACAAGGAUCGGUGAGGGCUCCUACUCCACCGUGUACUCCGCCAUGGACCAAUACAACAAGAAGACGUACGCCAUCAAGGUGCUCCUGAAGAGACAUAUCGUCAAGGAGGACAAGAUCAAAUAUGUGAACAUCGAAAAGUCCACGUUACACCGUUUGGGCCAGCAGCAUCCUGGUAUUGUACAGCUCUACUACACAUUCCAGGACGACGCCAGUCUAUUCUUCGUGCUAGACUUUGCAGAGUACGGUGAGCUUCUCUCCAUUAUCAGCAAGUUCGGAUCACUCUCGGAGCAGGUCCUGAAGUUCUAUAUGAUCCAGAUCAUCGACGCGGUGAAGUUCAUUCAUCUGAAGGGCGUCAUUCACAGAGACUUGAAGCCAGAAAACAUCCUCGUGGGCUACGACUUUAAUUUGAAAAUUACAGACUUUGGUGCUGCCAAACUUCUCGGAGAGGUGGACGACGUUCAAGGCGAGACUAUUAACUACGAUACAGUGGCCGAGAAGCCACAGAAGGACAGAAAGGGAUCCUUUGUGGGAACAGCCGAGUACGUUCCACCUGAAUUGCUCCAAUACAAUGAAUGUGGUUUUGAAAGUGAUGUCUGGGCUCUUGGAUGCAUUCUUUAUCAGUUCUUCAACGGCCUCCCGCCUUUCAAGGGACCAACAGAGUAUUUGACGUUCGAGAAAAUUAUCGGCGUUAACUACUCCUACAGAAAUGUUGUGCCUCCUGGCGUAAAGGAAAUCGUCGACCAAACCCUCAUAGCAGAAACCCACCAAAGACUCACUAUACCUCAAAUACAGGCUAAGCCCUGGUUCCACGGGGUCCCCUGGGAGGAUCGCAAUUACAUCUGGAACCGUAAGGUCCCACGGUUUGAACCAUACCACCCCGGUGCUCCCUCGACCCCACAACAGAACUUUGGUGCGCCACAUAUGAAGUCUGGUACCAGCCGAAAUAUGAACAAAUCCUCAUCGAAUUACCAGCUCCACUCACAGAUCCAACUGCUGGACUUCAGCUUAGUCCCAACAAUGGGCGGUAAGAAGACCCAUCAACCACCUACUAGAAUAAAGAAGGGUGUGAGCUCUGGAAAUGUUCCUACAGUUUCAACUUUACCCGCCCACAGGCCGGUUGAGACAACCACCCAAAUCAUGCCCAAUGAUCCUAACUUCAUGGCAAUUAAUACUCCACAGCAGGCCCGCAAAAUGCCUCCAUUGAAACAGAGACCCUCAGAAACCAGGGUUCCUCCUCCUGGAGCCAUGCCACCUUUGCAGAACGCUCCACUGUUCCAAUACCAACCCCAACCACAGCAGGCUCCCAUGAUACAGAAACAGCCCGUCCCACCGCAGCAAAGGCGUCAAAUGCCCCGCAUGCCACAAAAUAACAUAUCGCAACAAGGCAGUAUCCCCACUCUAGAAAACAAAAUGGCUGAGACUCAAAUCUCGUCUGGAAGCACAUCUCCACGCUCGCCUCAAUACAAGGAUUUGCGCUCGGGUACAGCUUUUGCUAGGCCAGGUUCAAGACCCACUUCAGCUACCAACAGUGUCUCUACAUCUCCAAAGAUACCGCAGGGAAACUUUGCGUCACUGGCGGCGGCAAAGAGUGCAGCAAGCUCUACGGCCUUUAAAACGGUCAACAAUGCAAAGCCGAAACAACAAGAACGCUCUCGUACUCCACUGAAGCCUUCAGCUGCAGAAAGAACACCGGAGCCAGCACCAAACACUGUCACCUUUAAGGAAAUUUCCUCCUUCUUGGAACAUGAUGAAAAGGUAAUCAAGCUCGAUACUAUUCUCAAGCUGCAGUUGAGCAACAAGCUCAUUGAUAGAAAACCCGGCAGCAUUGACGAUGAGACUAUUGAACGUCUUGUGGAUAGAUAUCAGGACGUGCUUGACAGGAACAUGGUGCCCGUUGUUGCGUGCGUGAGUAACAAGGCUCGUAUCUUUUUGAUUUAUGAGAAUCUCGAAGUGAUGCUGGUUGAUCUUACUGCUAACCAAGGUGGAGACUACCUGAUGUAUGAUUACGAGUUUGAGAGCGUCUAUGUCGAAGAUGAAGGCUCCAACUCAUCCCACGGUGAGGAGGUCUAUGGUUAUCUCAUUCUUGAGUUGAUCAAGGAAGGCGGAGACCUCGUCUUCCUCAAGCGUGUUAAAGAGGACGAUAAGCCCAAAUAUGAAAAGUCGGCACGUGUCGUGGACAAGAAGGGAGAAGUCAUUCGUAUCGGGGAGCACUUGGGCUGGAUCGACUGCUUGAUCUGGGCAAAGGACAUGGUGAGCGAGCAAAAUAAGCAACCGAAGAAAACAAACUCUACUAAAGCUCCACCCAGAUCGUCGUCGAAGCCUAGAGUCCCAUCUAAGGGCUCCAACAAGUCAAACGGUACGAGGUCACCCCCAUCUUCUUCGCAGAAGUCGGCUCCAAAGAAGCCCGGUAGUAUAUUGGCGUACGCUGCUGCAGCCGCUGCGGGCAGAUAG